CCGGACAAGUGUGACAUCUGGGGAAACACACCGCUCCACCUGGCAGCUGCCAAUGGCCACCACAACUGCCUGUCCUUCCUGGUGGCCUUCGGUGCCAACGUGUGGUGUCUGGACAACGACUACCACACACCGCUGGACAUGGCCGCCACCAAGGGACACAUGGAAUGUGUUCGCUACCUGGACUCCAUCGCUGCCAAGCAGAUCACCCUCAACCCAAAGCUGGUCGGCAAACUCAAGGACCGGGCGUUCCGCGCCGCAGAGCGCCGGAUCAAAGACUGUGCAAAGCUCCAGAGGAGGCACCGUGAACGUAUGGAGAGGAGGUUCACGAAGGAGUCAGCAGCUUUGGACAACUUAGACGCUAUCAGCUUUUCGAGCUACACCAGCGGCAGCACACUGAGCCGAAAGUUCAACACUGUCACCUCCAACAUGCCAUACUCGCAGGCCACCCUGCAUUCCACAGCCAAGGGCAAGGCCAAGAUACAGAAGAAGCUGGAGAAGAAGAAGCAAGUUGAUGGGACGUUCAAGAUCUACGAGGACGGGAGGAAAAGUGUGCGCUCGCUGUCCGGCCUGCAGCUUGGCAAUGACGUCAUGUUCCUCAAACAGGGCACAUACACAAACUCCAAGGAGCGAUCACGCCUCAACAUCCGCGAUAUGUUCCCCCGCGACAAUGACGACGACGCCGAUACUGUCUCCCGUGCCAUGAGCGACCCGGGCCUCCACGAGGCUGCGUAUUCGGAGAUCAGUGCCGACUCCGGACGGGAUUCCCUGUUCACCCGACCCGGACUCGGCACCAUGGUGUUCAGGAGGAACUAUAUGAGUGGAGGCAUGUUUGGAAUCGGGGCACGGGAUGAAGGGAGUGUAGCAGGGAGUGAACCAGUGGGCCAGGUGCCCAAUGUUCGCCUACGAGGACAUUUGCCUCGACGCUCGCCCAGCUUCGAUGAGGACAGUAUUGGCAGCGCCUUGAGCUUGCAAGAAAGAAACCUUCAGGAAUUGCCCUGGGAGGAGACAGAUGUUGCGUUGGAUCAGGACUUGGAGCCAGAGAACAGUCCUCUGGAGACCUUCCUGGCCUCUCAAAGUCUCAGUGAGUUCAUCCAGAUUUUCAGGCGUGAGAAGAUCGACCUGCAGGCCCUGCUGCUUUGUUCAGAUCAGGACCUCAGCAGCAUUCAUAUCCCUUUGGGCCCCAGGAAGAAACUUCUGGACGCCUGCAGGAGACGUCUGGACACACUAGAUGAACCAGAGGCCAUUGAGGAUACUGAGCUUUGAACUCCAGAAUCUACAUUUUGUUUUAAAUGGGAAGCACCACUCUCCUUUCUGAUAAACGUUUGUUGUCACACAUAAGCUACUGUUUGCAUCAGCAUGUUGUGUAGAUGACCAACAUGAGUAGUUGUGAAUGGCCUUAAUGUUGCUGUUGACCCUAAAUCUACAGUGAGUCACUAGUCAAUUAGUUACAUGUAGGGUAAAGAUAGAAAUUUGUUAACAAUGGUUUUGUUUUGCAGGAGGAAGUUACCUUAAAAAAAUAACAUAUAAGCUAUCGCUGGAAUCGGUCAAGACCAACUAGAAUAUUUGGCAAGAGAGUCCGAGUGCAAAUACCAACAAGUCCAAGACAACUCUGAGACAAUAGAAAAAGCAUCUUGAGUCCAGACUUUUAGCUUUUCUAGCAGCACACUGAACCGCAAGUUCGACACCAUCACUUCCAACAGGCCAUAGUUGUAGGCAGGGGUUGUUUCUUCAGCCCUGACAUCUGAUUGGCCACCCCAUUGUCCUUACCUCUGCCACUCCACACUGUCUUUCAGAGGCUAGAGUGAAGAUACUGGUAUCAUAUGAAACAAGAUGACCUAAACUCUAUGGAGUUUUUAUAAACGUUAUUUUCGCCUAGUUUAUUUGAAUAUUUCUGCAUUCUGGGGUCCAUAAACAGAGUUGGAAUUGGAUAAAUUGCAUUGGUGUGAACCUGCCAGUUCACAACUAGACAAAACAGUAUACCGUCUCCAUAACAAAAACUCUCUUUACUUCUGUUCAACAGCCAGCUUUUUUUUUGUAGCUGGAUAUCAUUUAUAGCAUCCUAAAAUAUAAAAUGAGGAUUUUAGAUUACUGUCUACAGUUAGGUUUUAUUGAUGAAACGAUGAGAACUCUUAAUAAGAAGAGAGGAUUGAGAAUUAGGAGCCGUCCAUGGGUGCAUGGGUACAUUUUAAGGCUUGUGUCAAACACAUUGAAUAGGUGAUCUUCCUCUGUCCAAAACUCUGUGAUUGACUUGACUAGCUGACAUCCCAACAUUUCUGCUCGGAAAUGUCAAUGUCAUCCUUAGCUGUACAUUGAGAGCAAACUAACUGUUAGCAUGUUAUAGCAUGUUUGUUUGAGUCAGUCAGUUUUAAAUUUGCUGAUUUUUUGACUUAGUUUACUAUAUAAUGGUAGAUAGCUUUUAAAAUAAAAACAUACAUAUAGAUAGAAUAUUUUAACUAAAUCAACCACCCGUCACUGCACCUAGCUUAAUCUAAUGAGAUCCACAGCUUCCAAAAUGACCACACAGCUAAAUUAACAACAAUCAAAAAAAAUUAGACUUUAAUCUCCUGCAAUUACAUUUUACUCCCAUGUAGCUUUUUCCCUUUACAUUGGCUAACACACCUCCGCUGGAGACCUUCCUAACUUCACUCUUACCUUUGUUGCACUUGUUAAGGUGUGACAACUCAAUUGUGGAUGAUUCUUUAAAUAUGUGCGACCGGAGCAAAGUCCUAGCAUGGCUCAACCCAACUUCAACCUGCACAGAGAUUAGCCAGAAUAACUGAAAACACCUGUGUGCAGGUGUGCCAGCAGAGCCUUUUACAAGACCAGAUGGCUUUUCUACCUGGCUAAAUGGCACCACCUAGUGGCCACUUGUGGUAUGUAGCUUUGGAGGACUAGAAGGCGUUGAUGUUGAUAUCUCAUACAUUUUAUCUGUUAUACAUAAUGUUAUUUUUUCUAUUCAUGUACUGGAUUAUUACACAGUGAAUGCAUGUAUGAUGUAGGCUCCAUGUACUGUUAUUAUUCCUCAGUGCAGUCAGUGAAGGCAGCAUGGAGCCUAGUCAUCACACUGAAAAGAAGUAAUAAACAUUUUAUGCCACAUGUACAAACACAUGUACACACAUUCGGUAUUGUGUUUGUAUGGAUUCUCUUGCAGUGAAAUUACUGUUACUGUAACACUUCAUGCAUCGAUGAAUGAUUUACUUAUUAGUGAAUGUAAUCCUUUGAAUGUACAGUUUUCUUACUUUAUGACAUGUUAUUUUAAUCCAUGGCACAUACACAAUAGUGACUUACUAUAUAUGGGGUUUAUAUAUGGAUGAAAAUGGCCCCAGACUGACUGUUGCUCUGCAAACACUGUCGCAAUAGUAAAAACAAUGUGGUGGUACUGUGAGUUUAUGUGAGUGUGUGCUAGAUAACACUGUUAUCUCAGGUUGCUCCGGGGCGUAUUUGGUUUCACUGAAGGUCUGUCUGUCUGUGCACUUGAGAGUAUGACUGUGCAUGAAUGUACAUUUUAAAAAACUGUUUUUGUAUCUGAAGAUGUACCCACAACUGUGAUUAUCUUUUAGUAAAAUAAAGUGGAAAAUAU